AUGCCUUCUCCAAGCCAAGCCACAAUCACCGAGUUGACACCAAUCGAUCACUUAAUGCCUCGCACAUAUGUGAUCAGCUUUAACAUUAACUGGCCAAUAUCUCGCCGCAGUAACAUCGAGGAUAUUUACAAGCAUUUGAAGUUAGGCUUGAAACAAACUCUGAGUGAAAUUCCUUUUCUUGGCGGCUCAGUUGUUUCCACGGGCUCUCCUGGCAAGUUUCAGAUCGAGACUCUACCUAGCGAUCUCGAAGGCAAUCAACUAAUAUUCAACGAUCUACGUACUGGGAGUGGAAAUUCGUGGCCACAUUCUUACAAAAGUUUAAGGAAAGCACGGUUUCCAGGUAAUGUGUACUUUGACGAUUGUCUUAGUCCCGUCAAGCGGUACAUGGGUCAGGAAAGACUUCCAGUUAUAGCUGCUCAGGCAAACUUCAUUGAUGGAGGAUUGAUUCUAAAUUUGAGUGUCUUGCACACGGCGUGUGAUGUACUUGCCUGGAAUAACAUCCUCUUUGUUUUGUCAAAGAACGUGAAGGCUUCUUGGCCCGCCGAAGAUGAAGGGGCAGCCUCUAAUGAGUUGGAGGAUUUUGAGGUCCUGCCCAGUUAUUUUGACCGAUCUCCACUCAUGCACGGAACCACCAACCUUGAACGAAUGGACAUUCGAGAAUACAAGCUCCAGGCUGUUAAUUCGACGCUCGAGGAUCCCAGGAAUCAUCUUAUUGACUCUCCUCCCAAAUCGACUACCGAGAUGGCAAAUACCCUUUUCUGUAUUUCUACUGCAAAAUUGAGUGAACUCAGAGAUGCUGUUUCCAGGGAGGGCUCAGCAACAUCCUGGCUGACAGUAAACGAUACACUCGCUGCAUUAAUUUGGUGCUGUGUCAACCGUGCUAGAAUAUCGAGUCAAGAGCCUUUACGGGGAAAUCUAUCUGUUGCAUAUGAGGGCCGUACAGUUCUCGAUCCACCGCUUCCAAAGAAAUACAUGGGGAAUGCCGCGCUGGGGUUUCCCAUCACUCUCGAUAUUCAUCCCCGAUCUAUCUUUGAUGCCGCCCUUGCUAUCUCAGAAUCACGAACCGAGUUUACUGAUAAGCACAUGAGAGACAUUACUGGGUUUUUAGAUGACUUAGGUGAUAUCACAGAGGAACGUGUAUCGUAUGCCAAGACCCUCAAUCCAAUUUUGGUUAUCAGUAACUUGAAGGACAUGGAGGGUUUUGAGCAAGACUGGGGUGGUAAUUUAGGUUUCCGAGAUGCCAUCAGGAUGGCCAAUCCUUUCUUGGAUUGUAUUCCCAGAGUGGUACCAAUGCCGGCGCAAAGGGACGGAAAUGUGGAUAUCAUUGUUUGGAUUGAGGAGUCCGCAGUCAAGCGAUUGAAGGAAGAUGAAAUUUGGAACAAAUGGAUCAGCCCCGUAUUUAGCUAA